AUGUCCGCCGCCAAGACCCGCGCCCAGAAACUCAUCGACGACAAUGCUGUUGUUGUGUUCUCCAAGUCUUACUGCCCCUACUGUGAUUCGUCGAAGAAGCUGCUCGAUGGAUUGAAGGCCGAUUACACUACUCUCGAGCUUGAUCUUGAAGGUUCGUUUCGCUGUGCGCGUUUGGGUUUCCGGUUUCCCGGGGACUUGACUCCUCUGAUCUGCCCGCAGUUUAUCCUGUCUUGGUCAAUUGCUAACGUAUUUUGUGCAGAGGAAGGAUCCGCUAUCCAGGACGCUCUCUUGGAGAUCUCCGGUCAGCGCACCGUGCCCAACAUCUUCAUCGACAAGAAGCACAUCGGCGGUAACUCUGAUUUGCAGGCCAAGAAGGCGGAUCUUAAGGACCUUCUUCAGGGGCUUGGUGCGAUCAAGGAUGCUUAA